CGGCCGCGGCCUCCGCCAGGGGAGCCCGCCCUGAGGCGCGCCUGAGCGGGGAGCGAGCGCGCGGGCCGGAGCGAGCCUCGAGGGGCCGCGGCCCCGGCCCGCCCCGCCGCCAGCCCCGGCGCCUGAGUUGGAGGCGGCGGAGGCUCCCCCACCCCCACCCCACCCCGCGCAGCGCCGCCCGCCGCUGCUCCCUCCCCUCCCGCCCCCGGCCGAGGCCGCGGGACCGGGCGGGGGGCUCCCGCAGGAGGGCUGCUGGCCUGCUGCUGUGCUGCUGAACAGUAUGCAGUCCUUUCGGGAGCAAAGCAGUUACCACGGAAACCAGCAGAGCUACUCACAGGAGGUACACAGCUCCUCCCGGUUAGAAGAGUUCAGCCCUCGUCAGGCCCAGAUGUUCCAGAAUUUUGGGGGUGCAGGUGGCAGCAGUGGUGGCAGCAGUGGUGGUGGUGGACGACGAGGAGCAGCUGCUGCUGCAGCAGCAAUGGCCAGUGAAACCUCUGGCCAUCAAGGCUACCAGGGUUUCCGGAAAGAGACUGGAGACUUUUACUACAUGGCAGGCAACAAAGACCCCGUGACAACAGGAACCCCGCAGCCUCCUCAGCGAAGGCCUUCUGGGCCUGUACAGAGCUAUGGACCCCCCCAGGGGAGCAGUUUUGGCAAUCAGUAUGGGAGUGAGGGUCAUGUGGGUCAGUUUCAAGCACAGCAUUCUGCCCUUGGUAGUGUGUCUCAUUAUCAGCAGGAUUACACAGGGCCUUUCUCUCCAGGGAGUGCUCAGUACCAACAGCAGGCUUCCAGCCAACAGCAGCAACAGCAGCAGCAGCAACAGCAAGUGCAGCAGUUGAGACAACAGCUUUACCAGUCCCACCAGCCUCUGCCACAGACCACUGGCCAGCCAGCCUCUAGCUCCUCUCAUCUGCAGCCAAUGCAGCGGCCCUCGACUCUGCCAUCUUCUGCUACUGGCUACCAGUUAAGAGUGGGUCAGUUUGGCCAGCACUACCAAUCUUCUGCCACCACCUCCACUUCCUCUUCCUUCCCUUCACCACAGCGCUUCAGCCAGUCUGGACAGAGCUAUGAUGGCAGUUACAACGUAAAUGCUGGAUCCCAGUAUGAAGGACAUAAUGUGGGUUCUAAUGCACAGGCUUAUGGAACACAAUCAAAUUACAGUUAUCAGCCCCAAUCUAUGAAAAAUUUUGAACAGGCAAAGAUUCCACAAGGGACCCAGCAGGGGCAGCAGCAACAGCAGCAGCAGCAGCAGCAGCAGCAGCAGCAGCAGCAGCAGCAGCAGCAGCAUACCCCUCAGCACGUGAUGCAGUACACCAACGCUGCCACAAAGCUGCCCCUGCAAAGCCAGGUCGGACAGUACAGUCAGCCGGAGGUUCCUGUGAGGUCCCCCAUGCAGUUUCAUCAGAACUUCAGUCCCAUUUCUAACCCUUCCCCAGCUGCCUCUGUAGUUCAGUCUCCAAGCUGCAGCUCUACCCCAUCUCCUCUCAUGCAGAGUGGAGAGAAUCUCCAGUGUGGGCAAGGCAGUGUAUCCAUGAGCUCCAGAAACAGAAUUUUACAGUUAAUGCCUCAACUUAGCCCGACCCCAUCAAUGAUGCCCAGCCCUAAUUCUCAUGCUGCAGGCUUCAAAGGGUUUGGACUGGAAGGGGUGCCAGAAAAGCGACUGACAGAUCCUGGCUUGAGUAGUUUGAGUGCCCUGAGUACUCAAGUGGCCAAUCUUCCUAAUACAGUACAACACAUGCUACUUUCUGAUGCUCUCACACCUCAAAAGAAGACUUCCAAGAGACCCUCCUCAUCUUCUAAGAAAGCCGACAGCUGUACAAAUUCAGAAGGUUCCUCCCAGCCCGAGGAACAGCUCAAAUCCCCUAUGGCAGAGUCACUGGACGGAGGCUGUUCCAGCAGCUCUGAAGAUCAAGGUGAGAGAGUAAGGCAGCUGAGUGGCCAGAGCACUAGCUCUGAUACCACCUACAAGGGGGGAACCUCAGAGAAAGCUGGCUCUUCACCCACACAGGGCACUCAGAAUGAAGUCCCAAGACUCAGUGCCAGUCCCGCAGCCAGAGAAGAGGCCACCUCACCAGGUGCUAAGGACACAACAUUGUCAUCUGAGGGCAACCCAAAAGUCAAUGAGAAGAUAAUUGGGGUGAUUGUCUCCCGGGAAGCCAUGACAGGUCGAGCAGACAAACCUGGUGGGCAAGAUAAAGGCUCCCAAGAGGAGGAUCCUGCGGCUACUCAGAGGCCACCCAGCACUGGUGGAACAAAGGAAACCAGCCACACGUCACUUUCACAGCCAGAACCUCCAGGAGGAGGGAGCAAAGGGAACAAGAACGGAGAUAGUAACUCCAAUCACAACGGAGAGGGGAAUGGCCAGAGCGGGCACCCUGCUGCCGGUGCUGGCUUUAUAGGCAGAACUGAGCCUAGCAAAUCACCUGGGAGUCUGCGGUAUAGUUACAAAGAUAGUUUUGGGUCAGCCAUGCCGAGAAACAUCAGUGGCUUUCCUCAGUAUCCUACGGGACAAGAUAAGGGAGACUUCACUGGCCACGGGGAGCGAAAGGGUAGGAAUGAGAAAUUCCCUAGCCUCCUGCAGGAAGUGCUACAAGGCUAUCACCACCACCCUGACAGGAGGUAUUCUAGGAGUACUCAGGAGCACCAGGGCAUAGCUGGUGGCCUAGAAGGAACCUCGAGACCUAAUGUCUUAGUCAGUCAAACCAAUGAAUUAGCUAGCAGGGGCCUUCUGAACAAAAGCAUUGGGUCCCUACUAGAAAACCCCCACUGGGGCCCAUGGGAGAGGAAAUCAAGCAGCACAGCUCCUGAAAUGAAGCAGAUCAAUUUGGCCGACUAUCCAAUUCCCAGAAAGUUUGAAAUAGAGUCUCAGUCAUCAGCUCAUGAGUCUUCCCUCUCUGAAAGAAGAUCAGUGAUCUGUGAUAUCUCUCCACUAAGACAGAUUGUCAGGGAUCCAGGGGCUCACUCACUGGGGCACAUGGGUACCGACACCAGACUUGGAAGGAAUGAACGUCUCAAUCCAAGUUUAAGUCAGUCAGUCAUUCUUCCAGGUGGGCUGGUGUCCAUGGAAGCAAAGCUUAAAUCCCAGAGUGGGCAGAUAAAAGAGGAAGACUUUGAACAAUCCAAAUCCCAAGCUAGUUUUAACAACAAGAAACCUGGAGACCACUGCCAUUCUGCUAGCAUCAAGCAUGAGUCUUACCGAGGCAAUGCCAGUCCUGGGGCAGCUACCCAUGAUUCCAUUUCGGACUAUGGACCACAAGACAGCAGGCCCACACCAAUGCGGCGGGUCCCUGGCAGAGUUGGUGGGCGGGAGGGCAUGAGGGGUCGGUCCCCUUCUCAGUAUCAUGACUUUUCAGAAAAGCUGAAGAUGUCUCCUGGGAGGAGCAGAGGCCCAGGAGGAGACCCCCACCACAUGAACCCACAUAUGACCUUUUCAGAGAGAGCCAACAGAAGUUCUUUACAUGCUCCCUUUGGUCCCAAUUCUGAAAGUCUUGCCUCUGCUUAUCAUGCAAACACCCGAGCUCACGCUUAUGGGGACCCCAGUGCAGGUUUGAAUUCUCAGCUCCAUUAUAAGAGACAGAUGUACCAGCAGCAACAAGAGGAAUAUAAAGACUGGAGCAGCAGUUCUGCUCAGGGAGUAAUUGCUGCAGCGCAGCACAGGCAGGAGGGUCAACGUAAGAGCCCGAGGCAGCAGCAGUUUCUUGACAGAGUGCGGAGCCCUCUGAAAAAUGACAAAGAUGGCAUGAUGUAUGGCCCUCCAAUGGGGACAUACCAUGACCCGAGUGGUCAGGAAGGUGGGCGCUGCCUCAUGUCAAGCGACGGCCUGGCUAACAAAGGCAUUGAACUGAAGCACGGCUCCCAGAAGCUGCAACAAGAAUCUUGUUGGGAUCUUUCUCGACAAACAUCUCCAGCCAAAAGCAGUGGGCCUCCAGGAAUGUCCAAUCAAAAAAGGUAUGGACCACCCCACGAGACCGAUGGACACGGACUACCUGAGUCUGCACAGUCAUCCAAACCUAGUAAUGUCAUGCUGAGGCUUCCAGGUCAAGAGGAUCAUUCUUCUCAAAACCCCUUAAUUAUGAGGAGACGUGUCCGCUCUUUCAUCUCUCCCAUCCCCAGUAAGAGACAGUCACAAGAUAUGAAGAACAGUAACACCGAAGAUAAAGGGCGCCUCCUUCACCCACCUAAAGAAGGUGCUGACAAAACAUUCAAUUCCUAUGCCCAUCUUUCUCACAGUCAGGAUAUCAAAUCUGUCCCUAAGAGAGAAUCCUCUAAGGACCUUUCAAGUCCAGAUAGUAGAAAUUGCCCUGCUGUUACUCUUACAAGUCCUGCUAAGACCAAAAUACUGCCUCCACGGAAAGGACGAGGACUGAAAUUGGAAGCUAUAGUUCAGAAGAUCACAUCUCCAAAUAUCAGGAGGAGUGCCUCCUCAAACAGUGCUGAGGCUGGGGGAGACACGGUCACUCUUGACGACAUACUGUCUUUGAAGAGUGGCCCUCCUGAAGGUGGGAGUGCUGCUGUGCAGGAUGCUGAAAUGGAGAAGAGAAAAGCGGAGGUGACAUCUGACCUAGCCUGUCCGGCGAGCCAGGAACUGAGCAUAGAAAAACCUCUCAGCAGGUCUUCAGAGGAGUGGUGUGGCAGCGGGGACGACAAGGUGAAGACUGAGACACACCCAGAAAUAGCCUCUGUUGGAAAGGAACCCACUGGUGCUGUGACUUCCGCAACCUCACAGAAGCCUGGAGGUAACCAGGGGAGACCAGAUGGUUCCCUGGGUGGGGCUGCACCUUUAAUCUUUCCUGACUCAAAGAAUGUACCUCCAGUGGGUGCAUUGGCCACUGAAGCAAACGCUAAGGCUGAAGAGAAAGAGAAUGACACAGUGACUAUUUCGCCCAAACAAGAGGGCUUCCCUCCAAAGGGAUAUUUCCCAUCAGGAAAGAAGAAGGGGAGACCCAUUGGUAGUGUGAAUAAGCAGAAAAAACAACAGCAACCACCUCCUCCACCCCCUCAGCCCCCUCACAUACCAGAAGGUUCUACAGAUGGAGAGCCAAAGCCAAAAAAACAGAGGCAAAGGAGGGAGAGAAGGAAGCCUGGAGCACAGCCAAGGAAGCGGAAAACCAAACAAGCAGUUCCCAUUGUAGAACCCCAGGAACCUGAGAUCAAACUCAAGUACGCUACCCAGCCACUGGAUAAAACUGAUGCCAAGAACAAGUCUUUUUUCCCUUAUAUCCACGUAGUUAAUAAGUGUGAACUUGGAGCCGUUUGUACAAUCAUCAAUGCUGAAGAGGAAGAACAGACCAAAUUGGUGAGGGGUCGGAAGGGUCAGAGGUCACUGACUCCUCCCCCCAGCAGCACUGAAAGCAAGGCGCUUCCAGCCUCCUCAUUUAUGCUCCAGGGACCUGUUGUAACAGAGUCUCCUGUUAUGGGACACCUGGUUUGCUGUCUGUGUGGCAAGUGGGCCAGUUACCGGAACAUGGGUGACCUCUUUGGACCCUUUUAUCCCCAAGAUUACGCAGCCACUCUCCCGAAGAAUCCCCCUCCUAAGAGGGCCACAGAAAUGCAGAGCAAAGUUAAGGUACGGCACAAAAGCGCUUCGAAUGGCUCCAAGACGGACACUGAGGAGGAGGAAGAGCAGCAGCAGCAGCAGAAGGAGCAGAGGAGCCUCGCCGCCCACCCCAGGUUUAAACGUCGGCACCGUUCUGAAGACUGUGGUGGAGGGCCUCGAUCUCUGUCCAGGGGGCUCCCCUGCAAAAAAGCAACCACCGAGGGCAGCAGUGAAAAGACUGUCUUGGACUCAAAGCCCUCUAUUCCCACCACUUCAGAGGGUGGCCCCGAGCUGGAGUUACAAAUCCCUGAACUACCUCUUGACAGCAAUGAAUUUUGGGUCCAUGAGGGUUGUAUUCUCUGGGCCAAUGGAAUCUACCUGGUCUGUGGCAGACUCUAUGGCCUGCAAGAAGCUCUGGAGAUAGCCAGAGAGAUGAAAUGUUCCCACUGCCAGGAGGCAGGUGCCACCUUGGGCUGCUACAACAAAGGCUGCUCCUUCCGAUACCAUUACCCGUGUGCCAUUGACGCAGAUUGUUUGCUACAUGAGGAGAACUUCUCGGUGAGGUGCCCCAAGCACAAGCCUCCCCUCCCAUGCCCUCUCCCCCCGCUGCAGAACAAGACAGCGAAAGGCAGCCUCAGCACAGAGCAGUCGGAGCGGGGGUGAGGGGGGCAGUUGGCUCGUGGGAAUGCAAAGUCCAGCAAGCACAGGUGAGACUGUGGAGAUGAGAAGGUGGUGGACGCUCGUGAUAGAAUGGAAAUCAUCCUACUGUGCAGCCACACCCCACCCUACCCCACCCUGCCCCAAUGUGCCUGCCCAUGCCAGCACUUCCUUCCUAAGUUUUUACUUCACACUCAAACUGGUGACACCACGGGAAAGAAAGACCCAAGAAGUUGGAAUGGCUGUUUCCAUGGACACAAUCUCCAUAGUGACAAUGUGGGGGGAGGGGGGAGGGGAAUGAUGGGAAGGGGUGGGGGGACUAAAAGGGAGGGAUAAAAAAUAUAUAUAUAUAAAUCUAUUUUUAGUCUGGAAAGACUUUGUUUAAAUGAAAGGUGCGCUAUCCCUUUUGAUUCUAUUUUAAAAUUAUCUAGUUAAAGAAUUCCAAAUUUGUUCCAAUAACAGUGAAAUUUAAAUGUGAAAUUGAACUGAAGAAACUCAUCUCAUAAAGGAUGGGGGUGUGGCUUUGACCUUUAGCGUGUCUCACACCAGUGCAGAGAAUUCUCCACCAAGGACAGAAAGUGCAAGCAAACCACACCAAAACCAUCCUUUUGUCAUUUGUUUGUUUCAAAAUGGGAAGGUUGGGGGUGGGGUGGGCAGGGAAGUAGGGACAGUCCAUGUUUUCCAGAGUGAGAGAAUGAUGGUUAGACAAAUUAAUUUUUUCACUUCCAGGAACACUAUUUAUUUAUUAAAUUUUUUAAUCUUUUUGGGGGGAGGGUUAAUUGGCAGAUGCCCUGAAGCAGUGGCGGUGUCCUGGGUCACUGGCUGGUGAGUUGCCCCACUGAGUGCACACAGCAGGCACAGUCAAAGGGUGGCACCUGCAGGCAUCUCCCCAGCAGCUGUGCCCUGGCCCCAGGAUGGGAAGCCAGGCAAGAAGGCUGAGCUGCAGGGCUGUGUGGAGCCUGAGUGGUGUGGGCUGAGCGGACCAGGAGCACCGGUUAACCCUUUUUUUCCUUGCUUUCCUUGCUUUUAUAAAGGAGAAGAGGGCCUGUCAGUUGAGCAGCCCCAUGCUACAUGAUUCUUUAUGUUGCAUUGUUUUGUUUUAUUUUGUAAAUUGUAUGAUUUUUAAAUAUCUGAGUUUUAAAAAAAGAAAAGAAAAAAGUACAAAAAAAUCUUAAGGCCUUAAGAAGGGGUUAGUGCAUCUUUCGGGGUCACUCUGCCGUGGGGAUAAAAUAGCUGUUUCACAAACAGUUUUAUUUAAAAAACAAACAAAAAAGUCAAAAAAAUAAUAAACUUCAUUUUAACCUGUU